AAACAAGCAACUACUUUUCAUAUUGCUUCUGGAACUCAUUAUGACAUUGGUUAUACAAUUGGAGGACAAUUCAGUAAACAGAUAACCAAUUUUUGUGCCCAAUUCCCAGAACUGAAAUCUUCCUUACUUCCUUAUUACAACUGUCGUGAAGGAAGAUCCAUCUAUGAGGGUUUCUUGGCAUCUUGUAAUGCAGCAUUUCCUCAAUAUGUUGAAGAAAUUAAAGGAAUGUCUGAUGGAUCAGGUGUGGCUUUUGAAAAUCUUUUCCUUUUAAAUUGCUUAAAUGAGAUGAUAACAUUUUCAAAGAAAUGCACUGAUAUUGAUGAUACUACAGGCUGUACAUCUGUAUUUAUUAAUAGACCUGAUUUAAAAAUAUUGGCCCACAAUGAAGAUCAUAGUCCUUAUAUGGAAGCAAAUGCCUAUAUUGCCUGUUCUAAGAUUGAUGAUAACCUUGUAAAGAAGAAUGUCGUUCAAGAAGACCGGGAAUAUAUUACAGCCUAUUGUUACCCAGGUUUCCUACUUGGAGGGACUUUUGGUUUCAAUAACCAUGGAAUGAUUUUUACGUGCAAUGGUCUUUAUCCAACAGAGGCACAUAGAGAAUGCAUUCCAAGACGAUUCGUUGACAGAAGUCUUUUGGGUGCAUCCAGUGUUACACAAGCUGUCAAGAUUCUAGAGAACAACAAACAUGGUAUGGCUUAUGGAGUGUGUUGUAAUAUGGCAUCAGUGAAAGACAAAGAUAAUAUGUGGGCUCUUGAAGUAGGACCCAAACAUCAACAUUACCUUCAUACAAUUCCACAACAGAAUGAUCCAAACAAAGAUUGUCAUUAUAUUCAUGUAAAUUUUGCCAAGUAUCUGGAAAUAGAAGAAAUACCUGCUGUUAGGUUCGGCAGCACAAUGAACCGUUAUAAGCGUGCAACUAGCUUACCUCCUCCACGUUCUGUCUCUGACAUUUGUAACAUCCUUGGUGACACAGAAUGCAAAGAAUAUCCAAUUUACCGAACUCCAAGACCCACAGAUCGUUCCCUAACUCUAUCGACAGCAGUUUUUAACAUUUUGGAAAACAAAGUUGAUAUCCAUUUAAAGAAUACCAAAGAUGACAAAACACCAGCAUUUACUUUGCCCCUGAAUAUGUUGUAAAGAUCACAAACAAUUGUGUCACAAAUAGUAUUCUUCUGUUAGAAGCCUGCAUUAUGAAUUGUUUAAUACACAUUAAAGAAUUUAUAUAUUAUAAAAGCUUUAUUGUUAUAAAACUGAUUCUGAAUCAAUAAAAACAUUA